AUGCCUAUAAUCCAGUCUAAAUUGCAUCGGUCUUGUAUACAAUACUAACGUUAAUAUGCUUUUUCACCCUUUUUUGAAACCCUCCUUCAAGGAAAUUAAUCGCGGUUAAAUGUUUGCUUUGAAUACUGGCUCACAAACAAUACGUGAUUACUGGUUUGUGUUAGUUUCCGCUCAAAUAGUGAGCAAAAAAAAUGUUAGAUCUCACUCUUAUAUUUUUUUACUUUCCAGUCCUCUUUUCGAUUGUGCUUGGUUUUGUUUUCUUCUAAUGAUCGACUCUAUAUACAGUACUUUAUUGUGCCCAAGCCUUUCUACACAUCUGCGGUCGGGACGUCGCAUCAGCGCCAUGCUCUCCUUCCUGAAUCUCGCAUCCCUCGCUCUUUCACGUCGAGCUCACUUCGCGCAGAGAUUGAAGUCGUCAAUGUCCAUUUCUAUUUCGCCGUCAGUCUACCCAUCACCACGACGUGACGACACAAUUGUGGAUGACUUCCAUGGCACAAAGGUUAGCGACCCUUAUCGAUGGAUGGAAGACCCAGAUUCUGUUGAAACUUGCAAGUUUGUCGACGAACUUAAUGCCAUCUCGGCGCCAUUCAUUGCUGAGGCACCCAGUCGAGAAAAAAUUAGACAAAGAUUGACUGAGUUAUGGGAUUACGAGAAGUACGGCUGCACAUCAAAACGUGGGGACUUUUACUACUACAGUUACAACUCCGGGCUACAAAACCAGUACGUUAUAUACCAACAGCGAAGUCUAAAGGACAAAGGAGAGAUAUUCCUUGAUCCCAACACUCUUGCAGAGGAUGGAACCACGUCUAUCAGAAUAUCAGCUUUCACCAAGGAUGGUUCAAUCUACGCUUAUGGUCUAAGUGAGAAAGGAAGUGACUGGGUGACUGUAAAGUUUCGUCGUGCUGAUAAGCAGGACAUGAAGGAUGUCAUAACUGGAGUGAAGCACUCGUCCCUUUCUUGGUUGAAGGAUAAUUCUGGAAUAUUUUACUGCAAGUAUCCUGAACAUAAGGUUGUUUCAUCACCCAGCGGUCUUUCGGCACAUUUUCUUCUUUUUUUUUGGACCGCUACGGAGGGCACAUCAGUCGAAAAACAUCGCUAUCAUUCCCUAUAUUUCCACCGCAUGGGAACUGAAUGCAGGGAUGAUGUACUGGUUUACGAUCGAAGAGAAAAUCCAGAUUACAUGGUGGGAGGUACUGUAACAGAAGAUGGAAAGUAUCUCAUUAUCGAUGUAUCACGUGGGUGUGACCCGUAUAAUAUGCUGUACUACUACGAUUUGACAGCUGUAAAUGGUACGAUUGGAAAGAUUGCUCCUACUCCCCUUUUUGAGAAGUUGGAUGCCAAGUACGAUUAUGUGGAUCACGAUGAGGAAACCAUGCUUGUACUUACGAAUCAGGAUGCGCCUAUGUUCAAGCUCAUUCGCGUUUCUCUGAAGGAUGGAUCAGUCAAAGAAGUUGUACCAGAAAAUCCUCGUCAUAAAUUAAACUGGGCUGCCGUUGUGGCCGAGGAUCGUCUUGUUGUGAACUACAUCGAAGACGUCAAGGACGCAUUAUACGUGCACGAUCUACGUACAGGUUCUAGGUUGUAUCAAUUUCCGUUGAAAAUAGGAUCUAUAUCAGGAUUUUUCGGGAAAAAGUCACUUUCUGAAAUGUUCCUUGGUUUUGAAUCUUUCACCGUUCCUACCAUCGUUUACCGUAUCGAUUUCUCAUCCACAAGUGGAAAGGUGAUGCCAGUGGUGGAGGAGUUGAGACGAGUGGAUAUCAAAGAGAUGGAUGAAAGUCAAUUUUCUGUGGAGCAGGUUUUUUUCAAAAGCAAGGACAACACAAAAGUUCCCAUGUAUAUUAUAUCACUGAAGGGUACCACACGAGAUGGUGGUAAUCCCACCAUACUGAACGGCUACGGAGGAUUCAACAUUGCUGAUAUGCCAUACUUUUCAAUUAGCCGCCUGCUUGUUGUUAAACAUUUUAAAGGGAUUGUUGCUUGUGCCAAUCUUCGUGGAGGAAGUGAAUACGGAGAAGACUGGCACAUGAGUGGAAUGAAAGAAAAGAAGCAAAACGUGUUCGAUGAUUUCAUUGCUGCUGCUGAAUAUCUUAUUCAUGAAAAAUACACAUGUACCAAAAAAUUGGCAAUCCAUGGUGGUUCGAAUGGAGGUUUACUAGUAGCAGCAUGUUCACAACAGCGUCCUGAUCUAUAUGGUGCAGUGCUGAAUCGUGUUGGCGUGAUGGAUAUGCUACGAUUUCACAGAUUCACUGUAGGCGGUGCAUGGGUACCGGAAUAUGGCAAUCCUGACGAGGAGAAAGAUUUCAGUUACAUUUACAAAUACUCUCCUCUUCAUAAUAUCAAAUUUCCCUCAAACGGCCAGUGGCCUUCUACUCUCAUGAUGACCGCAGACCACGAUGACCGAGUGGUCCCUAGCCAUACUCUCAAGUAUGCAGCAACAUUGAUGGAAAAGGCCAAAUUACAUCCCCUCCAAACAAAUCCCAUCCUUGUUCGCGUGGAAGUAAAAGCUGGGCAUGGUGCUGGAAAGCCAACCUCCAAAGUGAUCGCCGAGAUUGUUGAUAUGUACAGCUUCUUGCAAAGAGUGCUUGACAUGAAGUGGUUCGAGUAGGUUGCUGCUCCCUUUAUGCUGUUAUACGGUCAGAUCUGCAGUGGUAAUGACGUGAUGUGCUAUGAUUUCUCUGUUCUGGCAGUCGAUUUGCAUUUAUAUUUGUUUUUGUUAUGCACUGAGAAUACUUUGGGGUUAUCGACAUGAUUGUUCAGGUCUUUAUUUUUCACUUGUGGAUGUCAAUUGUUCUCUAUACAUUCUCGAGAUAGGUUUGUUAUUGUUGAGUUUUUUCCCUAUCUACACAUCCACACACACUCCCAACAUUCGGGCCAGUAUCAGAUCCCAUAAUUGAGGUUUUGCUCUAUUCCUAACGUGAGCUAUCAUUGCGCCCUGUGCCUGUCCACGAAUUGUCUGAAUAAAGAUAAUCAAAAGUAAGCCAU